AUGAGAGCCAAACAUAUUACCUGGCUUCUUCUCUGUCUGCUGAUAGCUCAAAGCAGUGCAGUUGAAAUUGGUGCUGCUUAAAAUUCAGUAAGAAUUUUGUCAGUUUCAACUAUUCUUGAUUCUGAUAACGCUUAAAGACUUGGUUCUCUCAAUGGUGGUACUAGAGUCUAUAUUAAAAUGGUUGGUCAAGAUGCUAGUAUGGCUUCAAACAAUUAAGUAACUAUUGGUCCUUAUCCUUGUCUUAUUCCAGAUAUGGGUGUUAAUGAAGUUUUUGUUACUUGCAUAACUACACCUGCUUAUGAUAGCACUUAACAAUGGAAUCUUCCAGUUGUAGUUAAUGUUGUUAAUAGAAGUGCUUCUCAAUGCGCUCAAGCAAAUCCUUCUUUAUGUACUUUCUCUUAUUCUGGAUCCUACACUCCUAUGGUUGACAUUAUCUUCCCUCGUGCUGUACUUCCAAAAGUAGAUUUUGAAUGGUGGGGUACCUUCAGAAUUAGUAACACUAACUAAAUUAGCAAGAUGCUUGUUGGUAAUCUUCUUUGUGAUAGAUUCGAUUUAGGUUUGAAUGAAGACACGCCCUUUAAUGGAAACGCAUACACCCCUCUUUCAUGUGAAAUUGAUUAUUCUCACCCAGCUGGUUUCUAUCUUUCUCAAUUUGUUUCUACUCCUGGUUAAGCAUCAAAUUAGAGUCAUUUAACUACUGUACGUUCUACUACUUUGGAUACUCCUUACGACAUCCAAGUUGUUUCCCAAUAAUAAGGUUCAGGAACAGCUCAAAGUAUUACUUCUUAAGGUGGUUAAUUAACCGUCUAUGCCUCUAAUAUUCCUUCAAACGGAUAAAAUGUAUAAGUUACUUGGAAUAAUGCUAACUGCACUAUUAAUGAAAUUAAUACUGAUUAAAACUAUUUCACUUGUACUUUACCUGCUGGUUUAUCUAACCCAACUGUUGAUUCUACCCUUCGUUAUGUAUCUGGUUCUGGUGUUCAUCUUUAAGCUUACAACACUUCAUCAUGGGAUUUAAAUGGAUUAAUUAACUAAUAUAAAACUAAUCCUACCUAAUUGACCUUAGUUUAAGACUCAAUUAUUCCAUCCACAGAAUAUUACUAUGAUUAAGAUUCAAAUUAAGAUGGUCUUAAUAGAUAAUUCAUUGUCCUAUAGGGUUAUUUUAAUCCUCCUAGAGAUGGAAACUACUAUUUCCAUACCUCUUCAAGCUAUUAAGCAUAAGUUUUGCUUUAAAUGAGUGGAGAUAGCACAAAUGAAUCAACAAUGACAGUUAUUAACAGUAUUUCUUAAGGAACUAAUCUUAGAAAUCCUUACUCAUCACAAUAUGACUUACAAUAAUCUACUUCAGAUAGCAUAACUAUCUCUUUAAAAUAGGGUUAACCUUACUAUUUUAAAAUUUAUGCUCUAGCUUCAAGUUCUAGUAGUUUCUACCACAGUACUGGUGUUAGAAUUCCAGUAGCUUAAAAUCCCAACAAUCCUAAUAACGUUUAUGUCAAUUCAGUUAAUUAAGUUACUAGAUUUAAAAUUAACUACGCAUUCACAAAAGAAGUAGCUAGUAUCUCAUUCUAAGACUUGAGUUCUUCAAACAAGGGUACAUUUGGAAUCAAUUUUGUUUAUCCUUUCGGAACUCAAUUAAAGACAAACGCAAAAUAAUGGGUAUUUACAUCUCAAUAGUAUAAUAGAGACACCACAUGUGCAUAAAUUGUUUGGCAUUUCAACAACUACGCUGGAGAUAAUAGCACUUGUAUUUAAUAAGAUAUAUUAGAUUCUAACAAAAAUAAAAUUGGUUCUACCUGGGAACUUACUUUCUAAUAUCAUCGUAAUUAUGACGUAUAGCCAACAUUCAACUUUAAUUCUACUUUGUCCACUAAACCUGUUUAUACAGUUAUAACUCCUGCUGGCCCACCAUUGUCUGGAACUUUCCGUUUGAAAGCUAAUGGUAAUUAUGUUUAACUUAAUAAAAACCCUGAUAUCCCCUUUAACACUUGGGAAUGGGAUCUCUGCUCGGCAUUAUAAUAGACAUUGAACACUACAAAUAUUCAAUGUUCUCGUAUUGUAAAUUUUGUAGAUGGUUCUUAAUGGACUUUUGAUUUUUACGGAAUUGCUUCUCCUGUAUUGAUUGAAGCUGUUUAAGCUGAAUCCAAGCUUAAUGGUUAAUCUGGAACUAUUACUUUAGUUGUUGAAUCUCUUAGAGAUGCUUCUUCAUCAUACUUAUAGUAUGCAGCCAUCGAAACUGAAUUGUUAACUCAACGUUCCACAAAACCUUAUGCUAACAUUUUUGUAAAUGGAGUUUUGACUCUUGCAUCUUUAACAAAUUAAUAACUCAUAGUUAAUGUUCUUAAUGAUUCCUAAGCAAUUAGUUACACUAGUUUCACUGAUGACAAUGUUAAUACCCUUACAAUCUCAGGAGUUACUGUUUAAGGAUUCACUCCUUUAGUUAGUAAUUUUGAUGUAUAUUAUAAUGGAGUACCAUGUAUUGUAACUAGUUCUGAUCCAUUUUCUGGUACUUUAACUGCUCAAUAUCCAUAUAAGGUUGCAGGUACUUAUAAACCAGUAGUAUUUUAUUAAUCUAAUGGUAUAGCUCUUUCAGCUAACGUUUCUCCAUAAUCUACUUAUCCUGUUAUUACAUAAUUAAGCUCCACAACUGUCUAUAGCUUUGGUGGAACUACUUUAACUAUUACUGGCUAAUUCUUCCCAUAAUCUAAUGAUAGCAGCCUAUCAGUUGCUAUUGGAUCUGUUAAUGCAUAAAUAUAAUCUGUUUCGAAUACUUAAAUUGUUGUAAUAACACCUGCAGGUCUUUCUUAAGGUUCUAAUUCUGUUAUUGUAAAUUAUAAUGGACUAUCAAGCAAUGCUAAAAGUAUAUAAGUAAAUGAUAGCGGUGCUAUUACUAUCACUAAUAUUGACAAGACUAUAGUUUCCCCUGUAGAUAAGACUCUCAUUACUGUCACAGGUACUAAUUUUGGUAGUGAUCCAACUUUAUUAACUGCUUAUUUAGAUUCUGUUGAUAAAGAUGGUAAAUUGCUAUAAUAUGCUAAGUACAAUGUUAAUGUAGUUACUGCAAAUAGCAAUUCAGCAUAAGUACUCUUGGGUGGAGGUCUACCUGGCUUUUACUAAUUGAGAAUUGUCUAGAUUGGAUUAGGUAGCAAUAUUCCAGCUCCAUCUGUUACUAAAAUAUAAUACAACAUAAUAGUAAACUCCUACAGUGUGAGUAAAGUUUCUGCAUACGGUGGUGCUUAAUUAGUCAUCUAAGGUUAGAAUUUCCUAACUUCUGCUUUAAACGACAACUAGGUUUUAGUAGUUUAUACAUCAAAUAUGUCUGAAUUUUGUAUUAUAACUGCUGCUACUUCUACUCAAUUAACUUGUACUCUUCCUAACAUGGUAUCUCACUUCCCACCAGGAGUUACAUCAUAAGCUUAUAGUGUUGAAGUUUGGGGUAAGUUAAUUGUUUAAGCAAUAAUUAACCCAGAUUCUCCUUUCAAUAAUCAAAUUACUUUUGAUUAAAGUUUAGCUUUAUCAGUAAGUUCUGUUAACAACAACAAUUAAAUAUUCAAUUCAUAAUAUACUAUCCUUGGUAAUAAUCUUCCAACAGCUUCUGGAGCAUAUUCAGUUGUAUUUUUAGGUUAAGAAAGUGUUCCAGUAACAAUUGUUUCAAAUAACUCAACUGCAGUAACUUACAUAGUUCCUAAUUUAUCUUAUGGCAACUAUAAUGUUACUCUUCGUGGGUCUAAUGGUGAUAGCCCUUAUGUAUAAAUCUCUUUAAUUGAAUAUACAUAUGCCCUAUCUAAUCCUUCUCUCUACACAGUUUCUGCUGCAGGUGCAGAGAUUACUCUAACAAUGUCAGGUACCUUACCUAACUAGAAUCCUCUCUUCAAAUUUAAUGGAGUUUUAGCCACCCUUAUUUCUUAUAACAAUUCUACUGGCUAAGUAGUAAUUAGACUUCCUGCUACUUCAGUUGGAUCUAAUGUUUAAUUAUUUUCUGUAAGGAGCGCUUUAGUACCAUUAGACAAUAAUGGAAAUUUACCAUGGAAUGCUCACAGCAAAACUUUUACUGUAGUUGCAGCUACUUGGUCUGUUUAGAGCUUAUCAGUAAGUGGAAAUACAGUUACUCUUAUUGGUAGUGGACUUAAUAACUUAAAAGUAGCUUACCUAUAGCAAUCAGGUUAUUCUACAUAAAUUUAAUCUACAAACUUAAAUGUUUAAUCAAGCACUAACGCUGUUAUUACAUUUGCAAAUGCUCCUGCUGGUACUUACCAAUUAUACUUGCUUGAUUCCUCUAAUAACUACCCAACUAUCUCAAAUAAUUAAGUUGUACUUGCACUUUCAGGUCUAACUUCAUCUGUAGUUACUUCAUCUUAUGCAGGUGGUUCAUAAAUAAUUAUUAAUGGUUCAGGUUUUAAUACACAAAAUAUCAACUAAAAUGUUGUGACAAUUUGUGGUAAUUAAGCUAAUGUAGUGAGUGCAACAUCCUCUACUUUAACUGUAUCUACACCUCCUGCUUACACAAGUUUUUCAAGAAAUAAUUAUAAUUUCCAAUCUGAUGAUAUCAAUCCUUUAACUGGUUUCACUACUUUUGGUGAUGAUGCAAAUGGAAAUUCAAAUUACUUAAAUGACGGCGAUUUACUUUUUUACUAUUCCAGCUCUAAUUCAGCUUAAUGUUAUUGUGGUUUCAAUUUUGGAAGCUCAACCUAAGUUGUUUUAAGUAAAUUCUAAAUAUAUCCCAGAACAUAAGGAGUUACUGAUGCCUCUGCAUUCUUUGGAACAUAAUUCUAAGCCUCAAUUGAUGGUACCACAUGGUAAACUUUACUUACAAUCGGAAGUGAUUUCCAUUUAGGUAAAAAUAUGUACUUAAUUAGUUCAUUGGUCUCUACUUCUCCAUCCUAAUCAGCUAUAUUGUUAGGUGCAUACUCAUAAUUUAGAUUACUUGAUUCUACUGGUAAAUCUCAAUGCUAACUUGUUGAGAUUUAACUUUUUGGUUGGAAAUAAGGUACUUAAACUGAAAGUGGUAAUACUUUGUCCUGCCCAGUUUCAGUUCAAGUUAAUGGUUCUCCUGCUGUUAACUCAAAUAACAAUGUUAUUUAUGAUUAAUCAAAGACUUUUGUUAUCUAAAGUCUAUCACCUAAUUAUGGUAGUAUUAGUGGAGGUACUUAAGUUACUAUUACUCUUGACUAAGCUCCUAGUGGUGGAUCUACUGCUUAAGUUAUAAUUGACGGAGUUGUAUGCAGCAAUCCCACUAUAUCUACAAAACAAAUCGCUUGUACUACUGGAGCAAAAACAGGUUCAGCAAGUCCCUCUUUAGUAGUUUAAGUAAAUUCAUAUAAUGCAGUAAAUAAUGGAAUUGUGUUCUAUUACGGUUAUCUAUGGUCAGAUAAAAAUACUUGGGGUGGUGAUUUUGCUCCUAUUGAUGGUGAUCUUGUUUAUGUUGCAAAAGGAAAGAGCAUUAUUGUUGAUGUUCCAAAUGUGCCUGCUAUUGGUGUCUUGAAUACUAUAGUUGUUUCCUAAGCUAACCUGAUUUUCGCCAAUGAUAAAAAUAUUCACUUACAAGCUCAUAAUAUUUUAGUUUAAAAUGGUAAUGUAAUAAUUGGUACUUAAAGUUCUCCUGUUACAGGAAAUAUAAGAAUCACAUUAUAUGGUAAUAUUGUUGAUACUUAAUUCCCUACUGUUGGUAACAAGGGUCUUUCUAUCUAUAAUGGUAGCAUAGAAAUUAAUGGUUAACCACGUCCAGUUACAUGGACUGAACUCUCAUCAACAGCAAAAAUUGGUGAUACUAGUAUUAAAGUAUUCCUUAAAGAUCCUGGCUUCGAUUGGAAGCAAGGUGAAGAAAUAGUAAUUGCCCCAACUGAUUAUUCAGCAGGUCAUGCUGAACGUCGUGUAAUUACCAAUGUUGUUAAAAAUGCUGAUGGACUUACUGCAACUAUAAGUUUCUAUGAACCUCUUCUUAUUUAGCAUGUUAGUGUUGAAAAUGAAUAAUAUGCUAAUGGAAAUUUCAAAGUUAAUAUGAGAGCAGAAGUAGGUCUACUUACUCGUAACGUAGUUUUUGAAGGUGAUGAUAGUUCUGUGAAAACUCAAUAUGGUGCUCAUAUGAUGCUUCAUGGCUCCUAAACAAGUGCUCAUAUUAGAUUUGCUGAGUUUAGACACACAGGUCAACCAGCUAUUAUUGGUAGAUAUCCUAUUCACUUCCACAUGGUUGGUGAUGUUUCUGGUUCUAUUGUAGAAGGUAACGCAGUGCAUGACUCUUUUGCAAGAGUUCUUACUAUUCAUGCUACUCACUACCUUCAUGUUAAAAAUAAUGUUGGUUUUAAUUGUGCAGGUCACAAUAUCUUCCUUGAAGAUGGUAUUGAAACCAAUAAUAUAAUUGAAUAAAAUCUUAUUUUAGGAACUAAAUAAGUAUGGUCUAUGCUCUAAUCUGAUAUCACAGCUGCUUCUUAUUGGAUUACCAAUCCUCUAAAUUAUGUAUUUAAUAACAGAGCUGGUGGUGGUGAUUUCUAUGGUUUCUGGUAUGAAAUUAAAGAGCACCCUGAUGGCCCAUCUGCUAGAAACGAUAUUUGCCCAUAAGGUAUGGCUUUAGGUAAAUUCACUGAUAAUAUUGCUCACUCCUAUGAUCGUUUUGGUUUGAGAAUUUUUGUUAUGACUAAUUUGUAAUACCCAUGCAAUCCCUAUAGAGAUGAUACUCAAUCAAAUCCUUUUGCUAACAAUCCAUCAUUUACUACCACUUGGUCUAAUUUCCUUUCUUAUAGAAAUAAUGAAGAUGGUGUUUUGGCUGAAGAAGUUGGUAAUAUGGUCUUCAAUAAUUUUACUUUGGUUGGAAAUAAGCAAUCUGGUUUUAAUGUUUACUUAACUAACAGAACAGAUGAAUACGUAAUUCUACAAAAUUCUCUUGUUGUAGGUUAAUCAUCUGGAAAUCCUGCUGAUGUAGCAGAUUUACAAAAUACUUAUGGUAUUAUCACUCCUCGUACUGAUGGUUAUAAAGUUUAAAAUGUCCAUUUCGCAAACUUUAUUCCAAAUACGAUAGUUUUUAAAUCUUGUUCUUUCUGCUGGCACUUCAAAAAAUGGGUUUAAGGUGGUAAACUUACAUUAUUUUCUGGUAUUUCCUAUGAGAAUAUUUAAACAACUUAAUAUAUGUUCUGGGAAAAUUGGCGUAGAGAAAUUUAUUAAGAUUUGGAUGGUAGCUUAACUGGAAGAAAUUCUUAAGUGUGGCUUACUCCUGCCGGAUUACAUCUCAUUAAUUAACCUGCUUGUACUACUAGUUAGGCUGAUUAAACUAAAUGGAAUAAUGCUGUUAUUUGUACAGUUCAAGUUGUAAGAGUUGAAUUUAGUAACCCAGUUGAUUCUAAUGAUUUCAGAUCAAAAGCCUUGUAUGUACUUCCAUGCGAUAAUACUGGUAAAGCUGUUGGAGGUACUAAAGACUCAGAUUUUUACAUUUCAAAGUCUGUAAAAAUCGAAAAUAAAGCAGAUGAUCUUACUCUUGGUUUUGUUGGUACCUUCUUGGCUGGAUAAAUCUUCUAGGUUCAAUGGGAAUUAUCUCAAAUUGAUUUUACCCACUUUAGUGUUGGUCUUUCUCCUUACCAUUCAGGUGAAACUGCUGCUGAUACCAUAUUACUUAAAUUCCCUGUCAUGGAUUACAGAGAAACAUGGUAAAAUUUCUAAACUAUUGCUGGUAAAAAUGUUUAGCCAUAUAAAAAUGUUACAGCUGGAUAAGAUCUAUCAGCAUUAGCAACUAUGAAGACUCUAAAUUGUAAUCAUGGUGAUUGGUACAAUGAUAUCGCUGGAUAAGCAUUUUAUUUAUGUUUAAAUUCUAAAUAAAGACCUAAAGCAACUACUAACUAAUAUUUAGAAAGAAUAGAUCUUAAUGCUUUAAGCUGCUUAGAUAACUGUCCUUUCCCUCCUUUCAAGUGCAAAAAGGAUGGUAUUCCUAGACAACUUAGCAAUCCUUAAACUUGGUAAGGUAUUACUUUUGAUGGAAAAGAUGGUAUUUUACUUAAUACUCCAGGUAACAGUACCUUAUACAUUCCUUGUCCUUGGGAAGUUAUUGUAGAUUAAGAUAUUACUUAGUACUCUUAACUUAUAGUCGAAGGUAAUUUACGUGUUGAUCCAACAAAGGAUAUUAACGUUAAAGCUGAUGGUAUGUGGCUAAGAGGUGGUAUGUUUAUUGCAGAAGGUGCUACCCCUGGUACUCCAUAUACAAAAAGCCUCACAAUUACUCUUACAGGAGAUAGAAAUUAACUCACUUAGUUUGUUGUUGAUUCUUAAAUAGAUGUUGGAAAUAAAGUUAUUUUGAAUACAGGUAACUUCACUUUACUUGGUAAUCCUCCUACAACGACUGCUACCCGCUUAUCUGCUUCUGUAAAUCCUGGUGUUAACUAAAUUACUGUUCUUAGCGCAAGCGGUUGGAAUGUAGGCGAUGUUAUAGCACUUGGACCUACUCAACUAGAUGCAACUGAAAAUGAAGUUUUCAGUAUUUAAUCAAUUAAUGGAAAUACCAUAACUUUGAAUGCAACUGUUUAAUUCUAUCACUAUGGUGCUUCUAGUGUAACUAUUACUGAGACUUGGGGUUCUUAUACUUAAGAACUUGAUCUUCGUGCACAAGUUCUCCAUCUUACUCGUAAUAUUAAAAUCGUUGGAGCUCCUGUUAGUUAAGGUAUACCUUGGGGUUGCAGAGUUCUAAAUCAUUAUUGGUAAAUUGUAGCUGAUUCAAAUGGAAAUCCUCUUCCAGAUACAAGAUAACUCCAUUUACGUGGUAUUGCAACUUGGAAUGGUGUUGAAAUGAGAAACUGUGGUUAAGCGGAUACUUCAAGAGGUGGUCUUGAUUUCUUGUUUGAUGAUUCUGACAGCAAUAAUUAAAUUGUAAGUGUUGUCUAAAAUUCAGCUUUCCAUGAUUGUCCAGGUUUCUGUGCUAAUAUCGAAUCAUCUUCAAAUAUCAAUUUAAUAAACAACAACUUCUUUAGAGGUAAACCCAUCUUUAUUAGAAUCAAUCUGUCUACUAAAAUUACUUUGACAAACAACUACUUCGUUGCAGCUCUUAAGCGUGAUUAUGCUUACGAUACAUAAGGUAUGCUUUAUGACAUGAACACUGCAAUCUACUUCUUGUCUACACAAGACCCUAUUGCUGAUAAUAUCCUUAUCAACAAUAACUAUGUUUAAGGUUCUUAAGGUCCUUGUGUUGCACUUAUUCAUACCCCUUGUUCUAGUGUAUCUGGUAUUUCAAAUAAGGUUGGUAUCUGGGGUAAUUAAGCUUCAACAUGCUUAGUAGGUGCACUAUUCAAAACCUCGAUUGAUGGUUGCUAAUGGGCUGGUAAAAUUGCAGUAGCUCGUUCUACUAAAGGUAUGAUAGUUAAUCCUACUUAACCCAGUCUUAUUGUAGAACAUGUAUUAGCUGCUGAAUCUAAUCGUUCUGUUGUUCUUCGUUUUGCUCAUAACGGAUACAGAAAUAUAGGACAGUUCUAAAACUCAGCAGUUUAUGCUGUUGCUAUAAAUAACGAUCCAACUGCUUAUGACAAUUCUUAAAAGGCUUAAGUCUGUUCAGGUGGUUCAGGUACAUAAAAUUUAGUUGUUACAGAAGGUGGUGAAGAUUACCCUCUCAAGACUUUCCCUCUUUCUUUUGAUGUUAUUUGUAAUUCUGAAGUUUUUGAUGCCUCCCUUUAUUAAACUAAUGUAAAAUAUGUUAAUUUCAAGAAGACUUAUACUGAUGCUAAUUUCAGCAAAUGUAGCGAUAAUCAUAUGAUGGUUACCCAUCCUAGUGCUUCAGAUCAUACUGCUGGUACUUAUAACAACAAUGUUACAUGCGUUAAUUGCAGCGAAGAAGCUUAUUUCAAUUUCAUGUCUCCUAACCCUGCCUGGGCCGGUUGGUUUGGUGGUUGUGGUCUCUUUUUAUGCACUGGACCAGAAAAUGUACUUAACGUUGAUUUUACAGGUAGUCUCUUCAAUGGUGUACCUACUACAGGUAUUUCUCAUAAUGCAGGAAUAGCUUAAGGAUGUAAAUCUUAACCAAAUUGGAAUAAUGCUUACUCAUGCUAAGGUACUAAUUAUGUUUAACUUGAAUGGUAAUCAGAAGCUCCUGAUCAUAAUUUGAGAUCUACUGCCCCAUGUAUGCUCACAUCACUUGAUGGAACUACUUAUAGCAAUAAGAUAAAUAUGUAUAGAGAAUGGUAAUGGGAUGGUAAUGAGCCUAUGAAUUUAAGAGAGAAUAGAUAUUAUGCUACUGCCCUUAUAAACACUGUUUAUAACAUUGCAUACAAUGGUUUAAAUCCCUACAACAUUAUCCAUAGAAUUUAAUAAAGAACAAAUGACAACGUUGGAGAACCUAAUAUUUGGGUGAUUUUCAUUUCUUAAUAUUAAAUUCCUAAUAAUCUUGAAGUUUCUAUUGAUGGCGGCAGUCCUGUAGAUCCUUUCAUUAAUAAUGAAGUCCUAACAACUAAAACUAGUAUUUGUGGUGCUAAUGUUUAUGACUGGCGUUCUCGUACUAUUCAAUUUGUUAUCAAUGGUGCUGCUAAUUGCUUAGUUCGUGUUUAAGUGCUUGAUACUGUUCGUAUCUAAGUUAAAGUAGUUAUCCCUGUUUCACAAUUCUUCUAAGGCAAUAAUAAAUUCAGUUUUAUUUCAGCUGUAGCCUCCUUCUUAGGUAUCACUGAUUAUUCUUAAGUUAAAGUAGUUGGAGCUACUUCAAGUAGUAGAUUUUUACAAGCUGGAUCAUCAAGUUCUACUUCUUCAUCUUCAAGCUAAAGUGGAUUUGAUCUCACUUUAGAUAUUGUAGAUAGACGUUCAUAAACUAGUACAGUAGAUCCAAAGACAGUCCACCAAGAUUUUGUAAACAAGGUUGCUAAAUUACAAGCCGGUCUUUAAAGUAACUCUAUUCCAGGAAUAGCUCCUAAUACAUAUUCAGUUGUUUCAUCUGAAGUAUAUGUAUAAACUAAUUCUGACGGUGGUAUUUAUGGUUAAAAUGCUAAUCCAAAUACUCCUAUUGUCAAAUAAUCAUCUUCCGAUUCUAACAACACUUUGGCUAUCGUACUUGGUGUAGUAAUUGGUUUGGUUGUUGUGAUUAUCGCUGUUGUAGGUUUCUGUGCUUAUAAGAGAUACCAACUAAGAAAGACAAUGUUAAAGGUUCAGCAUGCUGAUCAUGAUCACUCUGUAGAAAUUGAACCUGAAAAGGAGACAGUUAAGGCUCAUGCUCCUUUGGGUUUAGAUCCUGCUACUGAUUAAUUAUAAGAAAAAGCUAACAAUUCAUAAGCUCCUUUCUAAUGUUGA